GCGUUUAUUAACGACUAUUGUUGAAGAUUGUUGCCUCUUGUUUACUCUAGCUCAUGGUAUUUUGUCCAGCCAUAGCGUGCCGAUAACUGUUUCGACGAAAGGUAUGGUCGUUUCGAGUGUCCGACUCUGUCAUCUUGGUUGAUUGUCGUCUCUUUCUAACCUUCGCGUGGUAGAAACUGAUAUGUCUUCGAACAUCAACUUGAACGAUAGCAGCGCUGCGGCUAUGGAAGACAGUUCGAAGCGAAGGAGCUCGCGUUCGAUUAAACGCAGAAAAUUCGAUGAUGAACUAGUCGAGUCCAGCCUCGGAGCUGCUUUUGGAUCACCAUUGCCGAAAACGCAACGCACUCGUACUCAAUCGUUGAACAUGUCUACCAGUACAGAAAUGGAAAAUAUCAUGUCACCAGUUCAUAGUGUUCCUGAAACAGUAAUUGCAAAUAUUACACCUUCUACUUCUACUACUCAACCACGAAAAGUUCCAUCUAAUAGAACUCCUCUAGGUACUACAAGUACAUUAAAUCCUUUUACAAGUGUGCCAUCUACUUCAACCGUUGUAUCAUCAUCAAAUAGAAAUAGAUCAAGGAAGCAGAAGAAUUUAAACAAAGAUUUGGGACGUUGGAAGCCUACCGAUGAUUUGAUGCUCAUACACAGUGUAUUACAGACAAAUAACUUGCCUUUGGUACAUAGAGGAGUGAAGUUCAGCUGUAGGUUUACACUUAAAGAAAUUUCACAAAGGUGGUAUGCCUUGUUAUAUGAUCCAAUAAUAUCUAGACUGGCUGUAUCAGCAAUGCGCAAUUUACAUCCAGAAACUAUUGCCAACAUUGAAUCCAAAGCUUUAUAUUCUAUUGCUGAAGAAGACAUUUUGGCUACUAUACAAUCUAAUUCAAAUCCUACAAUUGAGACAUUUCAAGAAUUGCUUAAUCAAAAUCCUAAUGUAUUCCAUCGUAGACGUACUGCUAAGAUUCUCAUGUUUCAUUGGCAAUUAAUGAAACGAUAUUCAUUGCUAUCAGAUCAGUGUAGUGCCUUGGAAAAUCCUAUACCAAUACCAUUAAUGAGUUCCCUAGAAGAUCGAAAUAUUCAUAUUCUUAAUAAUGAGCAAGAAGUUACCACAAUGACUUCAGAGCAUAUCCCUACAUUUGCAGAAUGUGAAGAUUUACUUAAUGAUCAGCAUUUAUUGGUUGAAAGGCCAGAUCCAGUUCUUGAGAGACAUCUUACUUUGACAAACAAGAAAAUAAAAAAAGAAAUCAAAGUUCUUGAAGAUGAAAUACCUAGAGCUCAAGUAUUAGUGUUUCCUAUGACUGGUAUUAAUCCAGUAGAAUUUGAACCACAGACAUUGGCUGUAUUGCGUGGUCGAUUAGUCAGAUAUUUAAUGAGAUCUAGAGAGAUAACAAUUGGACGUUCAUCCAAGUACAUGCCAGUUGAUGUUGAUUUGAAACUUGAAGGACCUGCCUGGAAAAUAUCUAGACGACAAGCAACUAUACGUUUGCGAAACUCAGGUGAUUUUGUAAUAGGUUGCGAUGGUAAAAAGUGUUUGUAUGUUGAUGGGAAACCUAUAGUAGCUGGCUGCCGUGGUCGUCUCAAUCAUAAUUCUGUUGUGGAGAUUGCUGGCUUAAGAUUUCUCUUUCUUAUCAAUCAUCAACUGAUAAAUACAAUUAAACAAGAGGCUUUUCAACAAAAUCAAGUACAGUUACCUGUGCAGAUAGUAAAUCAAACACCGCAGAAACAGAUUAAUCAAAAGUCGCAGAAGACUACAGUGACAAAAGCUGAGAAACCUCAGCUCAGUAUUGAACAGCAACAGCAGCAGCAAAAAAUGUUAGAUGAAAAACAAAAACAAAAAAUGGAAGAACAGCAGAAUAGAAUAUUGGAAGAUCAGAGGCAAAAAAUAUUGCAACAACAACAAGACGAACUUGAACAGCAACUGAAAUUGUUGGAAGCUGAAGAGGAACAGCACAAUCAACGGUUACAAAAUUCCCAAUAAACUAUUAAACUAUUAAAUUACUAACUAAAAAAUAUGUCUUUAAGUUUUUUUUAAGUUUACUAUAUAUAAUGUAAUAUUAAAUUUAACUCAUGUAAAAUCUUAAACAACUUUUGACAAUAUUUGAAUGUUUAAUUGUAUGAUUUUAGUUCAGGUUGAUUAUACCAAUGUAUGGUGUA